CGCGGUCACUGCGGGUUCACUCGCUGCACGAUGGCGGAGGGAGGCGGACCCGAAUCGGGUAAUGCUUCAGACCCUGACGAGAAGCCGGUGAUCGCACAGACACCCGUACCGUCCACUGAGAACCAAAAGCAGAGCAUAGGGACUCUUCUGAAAACACCGCUUCGGAAGGGAGACGAGUGGUAUUUGAUUGACAGCCGGUGGUUUAAACAGUGGAAGAAAUAUGUGGGCUUUGACAGCUGGGAUAUGUACAAUGUCGGAGAGCACAAUCUGUACCCGGGACCCAUUGACAACUCUGGGCUCUUUUCAGAUAAUGAAUCCCAGACGCUUAAAGAACAUCUUAUAGAUGAGUUAGAUUAUGUGUUGAUGCCUACCGAGGCCUGGAAUAAACUGGUCAGCUGGUAUGGCUGUUUGGAGGGUCAGAAGCCCAUCAUCAGAAAGGUGGUUGAGCAUGGGAUGUUUGUGAAGCAUUGUAAAGUGGAGGUGUAUUUGCUCGAGUUAAACCUGUGUGAAAAUGCCAACAUGGAUAAAGUAGUCACCUGCCAUUUUAGCAAAGCGGACACUAUAGAUACCAUUGAAAAAGAGAUGAGGAGGUUAUUUGACAUCCCAUCAGAAAAAGAGACCCGGCUUUGGAAUAAAUAUAUGAGCAACACAUACGAACAACUGAACAAGCUGGACAGCACAGUACAGGACGCAGGACUUUUUCAAGGACAGGUGCUUGUUAUUGAGAUGAAGAACGAGGAUGGAACGUGGCCAAGGCAUGCCUAUUCCAAGACCAGUACUUCCACCUCUCGAAAUUAUACAACUUCCCCGAAACUCUCCUCCAAUUCGUCUGCCACCAUUUCCUCCACGAUAACGAAUGGGGAUAGCAAUAGCAACUCUGGUUUCAUGCUGAACAACAGUUCAUCUGGUAACAGGUUGGGAAGUUACAACUCGUACAGCUCGUCCUAUAGUUACAAAGAAUCGGCCGCUCAGCCAGGCCUCUGUGGUCUGAGUAACCUGGGCAACACCUGUUUCAUGAACUCUGCUCUCCAGUGCCUGAGCAACACUCCUGCACUGACAGAAUAUUUCCUGGAGGAUCGGUACGAAGCGGAGAUCAACCGGGAAAAUCCGUUAGGGAUGCGAGGAGAGAUCGCAGAGGCGUACGCAGAACUGGUGAAACAGACGUGGCUUAGUAGGAGCAGUUAUGUGGCUCCUCGCACUUUUAAAACCCAGGUGGGUAGGUUUGCCCCACAGUUCUCAGGGUACCAGCAACAGGAUUCACAAGAGUUGCUGGCCUUUUUGCUUGACGGCCUGCAUGAGGACCUUAAUCGUGUUAAGAAGAAGCCUUACCUGGCCCUGAGAGAUGCCGAUGGACGGCCUGAUGAGAUUGUUGCUAAGGAAGCAUGGGCGAACCACAGGUUGCGGAAUGACUCCAUAAUUGUAGACAUCUUUCACGGCUUGUUCAAAUCUACUCUGGUUUGCCCAGAGUGCUCCAAAGUUUCUGUUACCUUUGACCCCUUUUGCUACCUCACGCUGCCCCUACCCAUGAAAAAAGAUCGCACUAUGGAGUUGUUCUUGGUCCGAAUUGACCCCCAGUCCAGAGUAAUGAAAUACCGUGUCGUGGUUCCAAAAAUGGGUGUAGUGGCAGAUCUUUGCAGCGCUUUGGCCAAACUAUCUGGAAUUCCUUCUGAGAAUAUGGUUGUGGCAGAUGUUUACAAUCACAGAUUCCAUAAAAUAUACAAACGGGACGAUGGUCUCAAUCACAUCAUGGAGAAAGACGACAUCUUUGUUUACGAGGUAUUGGAGGAAGACAGCGAGAGGAUGAACCUGCCCGUGUACUUCAGAGAGAGGCACGCCAAGCACAGUGGAGGCUCCACUGGAACGAUGCUCUUCGGUCAACCUCUCCUCAUCACCGUCACGCGCCACAACCUUACUGUGGAUACCCUCUAUGACCGUGUGCUGGAGAGAAUCGGGCGGUACGCCAAGCGCUCGCAGGGAACCGUAACAGAGAGUAAGGCGUCAGCCUCAGCCACCUCUUCUAGCAGUAGCCAAUCAGCAGAAUGCGUCGCUUCCGUAUCCAGCAUAGCACUGAGCGGGUGCAGCAGCCCAAUCUCAGAUGGAGCUUCCUGCAGUGCCGGAUCCAAUGGCAGCCACCAUUCUGGAACCUCCAACGGCCCCAAUGGAGUUUGUGAUGGUGAUGAGGAGGCCAUGGACCACCAGGAGAGUCCCGAACCGGAGAACAGCCACUCAGACACUGCGGACGGAGAGGAAGACUCGGAACCAGAGAACGGACCCAAUAGCAGUGGCGGAAAAUCGUUCUCCAAGCCUAAACUCUUCUCUUUCAGCAUGGUUAACUCGUACGGAACAGCCAACAUUAGCUCUUUGCCUUUUGAUGGCAAUCAUCUUAAACUCACAAGUCAUUCUACAGUAGCUAUCGAUUGGGACUCGGACGUCAAGAAAACGUGCUAUGAUGAUGAUGAAGCUGAGGCCUACGAAAAACACGAGAGCACGUUGCACACGCAGAAGAAGAAGACCACAGUAGCUUUAAGAGAAUGCAUCGAGCUCUUUACUACGAUGGAGACUUUAGGAGAACACGACCCCUGGUACUGCCCCACGUGUAAGAAACACCAGCAGGCCACUAAGAAGUUUGACCUGUGGUCUCUCCCGCGCAUCCUGGUAGUCCAUCUGAAGCGGUUUUCUUAUAAUCGCUGCUGGAGAGACAAGCUCGACACUGUUGUGGACUUUCCUAUUAGGGACUUGAACAUGUCAGAGUUUGUUUGCGACCCCAAAGCUGACCCAUACGUCUAUGACCUCAUUGCUGUUUCCAAUCAUUAUGGUGGAAUGGGUGGUGGCCAUUACACUGCAUAUGGCAAGAACAAAAUUGAUGGCAAAUGGUAUUACUUUGAUGACAGCAGUGUUUCUGCUGCUACCGAGGAUCAGAUUGUGACUAAAGCAGCUUACGUGCUCUUUUACCAACGCAGAGAAGCGGACACACCAUCCAAAUCUCCCCCCUCUGCAUCACUAGGUGGAGCUCCAGAGACCCUGGAUGACAACAUGGACACCAACUGAGUUUCUUUACUCUUUUUAAAAAAAAAAAGAACAGGCACUGAAACAAAACUACAUGAAAUCAACAAUGCAUCAACGCACAUCCCUGGCUACUUCAGUGACUAUUAAAGGCUCACGAAAAGGCCCUUUGUUUUAAGCUUUAUUUUAAUUUUCUUUCACACAUGCAUCAGAGCCAAAAAAGGAUAUUAAUAAUAAAUAAAGAGAUUUUUAGUUUGA